CGGGUCCGAAAAAGAAGAUCCAUUUCCCACACAAAGCAAGCUAGGUCGGUCUCGCGGUCUCGUGUUCGUUCUCAUCUAUCGAUUUCCAUCUCUCACGUCUUCUCGCCGGCGGCCAGAUCCGAGACCGCUUGUCACCGGAAUCUGUCCCCAAUCCUCAGCGAUCACUGGAUCCCAAGACUCAUCCUCGGAGGACACCGGAUCCCUAACCUCUCAGCCGUCGCCCUUCCUCUCCUUCACCCUUUCGAGGAAUGGGUCUGUGGACAUUUCUUGAGGGUGUUCUGCUCAUUGCAAACGCGUUAGCAAUUCUAAAUGAAGACCGCUUUCUUGCUCCAAGAGGUUGGAGUUUCUCUGAGGUUUCAGGUGGUGGUCGAGCGAAAUCACUUAAAGGGCAGGUCAUAGGUCUCAUUUAUGCAACUCAAUAUCUGAGGGUGCCACUGAUAGUUCUGAAUGCUAUUACCAUUGUGGUAAAGCUGAUUUCAGGCUAAUGAUAAGAGGUUUGCAGAUGAGAAAUCAAUUUGGAAUGCAUCUAAUCAAUCAUCAUAAUCAUCAUGUUAUAUGACUCUAAUGCUCUUCACUUGUAUGAAAAACUCACUUUUUCUUGUCUUUAGAAUGAGCUAAGUAUGCAUGCAGUUUGUGUUUGAGAUUACAGUCCCA